UGGAAAAAGUAUCUCUGCAUUCAUCAUUGCAAACCAUGCCUGUGAGUGUCUUGAAAUCUUUCUAAAACCAAAGAGGACUGACCAGUUUAUGACUCUUCCUUCCCAGCCUAUAGAACCUUAACAGCAUUUUAAAGAAGGAGAAGUGCAAGAAGCUCUUGUUUAACUUAUCCAUGUUCCAGGAGGAAGGCUUCCUUCCACUAGCUCUCCCUGAUAGGUCAGGGCACUUGAAGACCUGAGACAUUUUGGAGUUGAAAUUUAAUUAUUAAGGCAAAAGGGCAUUUUGGAGUUGGAACUUCCAGAAGCUCUGCUGAAGAGACCUUAUUACAUAAGGAUAAAUUUGAACACAUUUGGAGCCAGUAAAAUUGCAGAAAAUGUCAAGGCAUGAAAUCCCAGGUAAAAAGAUGGCCUAUCAGAAAGUCAAUGCAGAUCAAAGAGCGCCAGGACAUUCACAGUACUUGGACAAUGAUGACCUACAAGCCACUGCCCUUGACUUAGAGUGGGACAUGGAAAAGGAACUGGAGGAGCCUGGUUUUGACCAGUUCCAGCUAGAUAGUGCUGAGAUUCAGAAUCUAGAGAAUCCAGAGACUACAGAUCUCAAUCUUGAUUCCAUUCAACCAGCAACUUCACCCAAAGGAAGGUUUCAGAGACUUCAAGAAGAGUCUGACUAUGUUACCCGCUACACAAGGUCUGCACCAAAGAGCAACCCCUGCAACUUUUGCCGCCUUUUAAAAAUACUUUGCACAGCCAUCGUUUUAUUUAUUUCGGGGAUUUUGAUAGGCUACUAUGCACAUAAAAAGUGCCCUUCAAAUGCUACGUCUUCAGCAACGCUUGAUCUUCAGUUAUACCAAGAGAUUCUUGAGACGAUCCAAGCGGAAGAUAUUAAGGAGUCUUUCAGAAAUUUGGUACAACUGUAUAAAAGUGAAGAUGACACAGAGAUUUCAAAGAAGAUCAAGACUCAUUGGACUGCUUUGGGCCUAGAAGACGUACAGUUUGUGAAUUACUCUGUGCUGCUCAACCUGCCGGGCCCGGGGGCCAGCUCUGUGACUCUGAGCAGCAGCGGCCAAUGCCUCCAUCCUAGCGGCCGGCCCUGCAGCGAGGAAGCCAGGACGCGCGGCGGCCAAGACCUGCUCUACUCAUACGCAGCCUAUUCUGCCAAAGGAGCUCUCGAGGCUGGAGUCAUUGAUGUGAGCUACGGCAAUGCAGAUGAUUUAAAAAGGAUUCAAAAAAUGAAAAAUACAACGAAUCAGAUUGCACUCCUGAAAUUAGGAAAAUGGCCACUACUUUAUAAGCUUUCCUUAUUGGAAAAGGCUGGAUUUGGUGGUGUUCUUCUAUAUGUUGAUCCUUGUGAUUUACCAAAGACUGCAAAUCUUAGCUAUGAUGCCUUCAUGGUGUCACUGAACCCAGGAGGAGACCCUUCUACGCCUGGUUAUCCCAGUGUGGAUGGAAGCUUUAGGCAAAACCGAGCAAACCUCACGUCUCUGCUAGUGCAGCCCGUCUCAGCAUCUCUCGUUGCAAAACUGAUCUCUUCACCAAACAGCAGAACCAAAACUGGUGUCUGUAGCCCUCUAGAGCUUCCAAAUAAUGAUGAAAGAAUUGUCAACAUGCAAGUUCAGACAGUUACGAAAUUCAAAACAAUUACUAAUGUUAUUGGAUAUUUAAAGGGCUUGACAUCUCCAGACCGCUACAUCAUAGUUGGCAGCCAGCAUCACACGGCGCCCAGUUCUUACGGACAAGAAUGGGCUAGCAGCACGGCCGUAAUCACAGCUUUCAUCCGGGCCUUGAUGUUAGGAGUCAAGAAAGGGUGGAGGCCACACCGCACAAUCGUUUUCUGUUCAUGGGGAGGAACAGCUUUUGGCAAUAUUGGCUCAUAUGAAUGGGGAGAGGAUUUCAAGAAGGUUCUGCAGAGAAAUGCUGUGGCUUACGUUAGUCUCCAUAGUCCCAUAAGGGGUAACUCAAGUCUGCAUUCCAUGGCUUCACCAUCUCUUCGGCAACUGGUAAUAGAGAAAAGCCAUUUCAACUGUUCCAGAAAAGCUAAGUGCCAAGAAAGCAACGUCAGUUCUGUGCAGAUACCUGGUGAUGCUGAUUAUUUCAUCAACCAUCUUGGAGUUCCCACUGUGGAGUUCACCUACGAGGACGUCAAAACGUUAGAGGGUCCAAGUUUUCUUUCUGAGGCCCUUUUUCCUAAACGCACAGCAAAAAUUGAAGAAAUGGAUCCAUUUUUCAACCUUCAUGAAACCAUUACCAAGCUCACGGGAGAAGUGAUUUUGCAAAUUGCCAAUGAACCAGUUCUGCCCUUUAAUGCACUCGAUGUAGCUUUAGAAGUUCAAAACAGUCUUAAAGGUGAUCAACCCAACACUCAACUGCUAGCCCUGGCCUCUCGCCUACGGGAAAGUGCUGAACUCUUCCAGUCAGAUGAGAUGCGUCCUGCUAAUGAUCCCAAGGAGAGAAUUCCCAUCCGUGUCCGAAUGCUGAAUGACAUUCUUCAAGACAUGGAGAAAAACUUCCUGGUACAGCAAGUGCCACCAGGUUUUUAUAGAAAUAUCCUGUACCACCUUGAUGAGAAGACAAGCCAGUUUGCAACACUCCUGGGGGCGCGGGAGCGCUGCAAGUUACUCGCAUCAAAUGAGACCCUUCAAGAAGCCCUGUCAGAGGUGUUGAACAGCAUUAAUUCAGCUCAGGUUUACUUCAAAGCAGGACUUGAUGUGUUCGAGAGUGUCUUGGUUGGAAAGAACUGAGAAAACUCUCAGCAUUUUAAAAAGUUUGUUUACAAUUCCUCAAGCAAAAGCUCUAAUCUAACCGGAUUUUCUGACAUUGAAGACUUUCCCCCCCAAUGACUUUUUAUACAAGUCUAAAGCUAUUAUUACAUCGUAUUUUCAAAUGUACAUAUGAAAGAGCAUUUUGCACAUUUAAUAUUUUCUUAUAUCUACAUCUCUGGAAUAUGUAAAAGUGAGUUAUUGAAAUAAUACUCAAGAUUUAUCUAUUAAAAAGAAAUCUGCUGUAUUUUUAUACAUAUAAAAUAUUUUGGGGGGAAAAGUUCCAAGAAGUGCUGGACAAUCUUCACUCCUAGGGAUAAAACAUAUAGGAAUGGAAGUUAUUCCUUAUGUUACAGCUAUUAAUGACCUAGUUUCUGUAACAGAAAUGGAGAGUUGAUAUGGUUUCAGAUUAACUUCACUAGUAAGUAUUCAAUAUGAAGAAUUCAAGUAUUCCGACCGAGUGAUUGGUCGACCAAAACCACUUUGAAUGUUUCUAUUUUAUGAAAUGAAGUGCCUGUUCGUAAUACAACUAGAUGUAGUAAUACACUGGUUAUGAAAUUGUAUUUUUUAAGUAUUAAUGAAAAAAAAAAGAGCCAUAAACAUUCCAGGGGAAAAUCUCAAAGUAGCUGCACAGAGCAAUUUAAAUGCAAAUUUUUUCCUAACAACUUAUAAGGUGACUAGCUUUGAAACCCCUAAUUUGCCUCAGUUGAUUUUGUAAAAAUUUCAGGAGUGAUAUAUGUCUUACGAGGGAGAAAAUAUUUCCGAUUUCUUCUUCUGUUGGUUCUGUUGGAAGCACUGAAACCCAGCUACUCUAAAAUGAAAGCAUUUUGCAUCGCUCUUCCUUCUUAUAUCUUUUCCGAAACUCCUUUCUGUAGGGCGGUUUUAACAGAAUACCAUGUAAUUUGCACAGGAAAGUAGCAAAGUUUCUCUUUGAAAACCCAAACUAUCUUAAAAAGCAUCAAAUCGCUAUUUCUGCCACUGACAAAAGGACCUACAAUGAAAGAAAGAGUUGUUUGAUCAAUGAAAAACUUCUUAAUUCUGUGAAGAAACUUUUGAUAUUUUUUUUUUCCUUCUUUAGCCUUCAUUGUGACUGGGAUGAAAGUGUAGCAAAUAUUCAUGCUUCUAAUUUUAUGCGGAAAAUGCAGUGUUACUAUAAGAAUGUGUCUUUCCCACGAUUCAGUUAUUCUCUCAUGUGGAAAAUGAAGUCUUCAUAUUGACGUUGUCACGAAAUGGCCCCAGAAUCCACUAUUUCCCCCCAAAGCCUAAAAUUCUAGUAGGUGACAGUUUAAACUUUGAGCUUAUCCUUAGAAAAUGUUUUUUCUGACAUUGAAUAAACCAACUUCCCUUAGGAGACGCAUCCUCGGUAUAUUUUAUGUCAUUGUCUCUACCUAACACAACACUCAACCACACUUCUCUCUUUAGACACCACACCAGAGCAGCGUGUCAGGGCCUCCCGUGUUUAUGGGUGAGCUUGAACCCACUCUGCGUUUCAAGGAAAGCUACCCUCGGGGGCAAAGAAUCAAUCCGCAUUGAUUCAUUGAUUUAUAAGGGUCAGCUGUUCCUACCAUAAGUAAUGUCGAUAUGCUCAAGGCAAAGAGGACAAUUGGUGCCAUUAGCUGGGUAACAGGAGCAGAAAUCUAUUUUCAUGUGAAACGCCUGUUGCGCGUGUUUGAGCGACACGUGAGACUACCUUACAAAUUUUUUGUAGAACCGAUGUACUUGUUUGAAAAUAUUUCCCAUGUUGAAGAAUGUCUACAAGGAGCGCCUGAGCGGAGCAGCCUCGGGGUGCCUUACCAUCAGUGCUCUCUUUUGCUGGACAAAAAUCAAUAGCAGAACAGAGGUGGGAAGACAUAUACAACCGUGUUUGGGGCCAAAUAAGGGAAUGCUUUCUACCAAAGAAUCUUCCAUAUUUAAUCAAGCUUCGGUGUGUUCCUUCCAGUUCUUUGUUUAGAGCCGAAGUUAAAGCAAACAGCAUUUUGGAGUUGAAGCUCAAUUUAAAACAAGCAAAACCAAAUAAUUAUCAGUUUGGUAGUUUAUCAUCUUAAAACGAAAUCCCAAGUAAGCCCAUUCCCUUAGUCUGUAAGACUGUCGAGAGCACAAAAUAUAUGUUUGUUCAUUUUUGCUUAAACAUGGUGUAAACCUCAUGGCAUAGAUAAAAAUCUCAAAUUAUUGAUGCUCCCUUCUAGAUUAUAUUGAUAUUUGCUAUGUGAAAAAAAAAAAACCUAAAGGUAACUAUAUACUAAUGUGUUUUUAUUAGUCUAUUUAAGAAAUUAUGUGAAGAAAACAAAUUGUAAUUAAAACAGAUGUCCACUAAUUCUAUAGAUGCUGUUUUAGAUCUUUGACUGCGGUAAACCUCUUACCUAGAACAUCGCUGCUAUGGUGUUCCUCCAGAUUUACAACAUUUCGAUUUCUCCCCCUAACAAAUCCAAGCAAAUAAAAUCCUAUGCAAGUUAA